UCUUUUGUUUAUUUUUUAAACUCAUAAUUUAGGAAUUUCUUACUUAGGCUAUUUCCUGUACAUAUGAAAGUAAAAGGAGGCCACAAUAUCGUUCAAACUUUCCAGCUUUUAAAUCACAUUUUGUCGUGACUACUUCAUUUAAAAUGUGAGUACAAAAACUCUAUUACUCUGAGUUCAUAAAAACCGCAUGUUUAAUAAUAGAGAAGAAAUAGUUUUAGAUGAAUCAUAGCUAGUUGCACUGCAGGACACUGCUGGAAAUGUCAGUCCCCCACCCAUAAGAAGAGCCUUUUGUGGAGUAAGACACUGCCCCCUACAGGACGCGAGGAGAACUGCACCAGGACCCCUCGCCCGUGACGUCACGCGCGGCAUGACUCGAUGGGCUCAUGUGCUGGUGCUCCUGUCCUGACAAACGAGGAAAUCGGGACCUUUGCGUGGAUCGAUAGUCAGCUCGGCUCGGGCAGUUAGGCAGAGGAACUAGUUUUAUACUGAAUUAAAGUCUAAGUUGAGGCAGCAUGGCAUCUCUGUUUAAAAAGAAGACGGUCGACGAUAUCAUUAAAGAGCAGUCCAAAGAGCUGAGAGGCACCCAGAGACAGAUCACCAGAGACAGAGCUGCCCUGGAGAGACAGGAGAAGCAAAUGGAAAUGGAAAUAAAAAAAAUGGCCAAGACUGGAAACCGAGAAGCUUGCAAGAUACUAGCCAAACAGCUCGUACAGCUCAGAAAACAGAAGAACCGAACCUACGCCGUGAGCUCUAAAGUCACAUCCAUGUCCACGCAGACCAAGGUCAUGAACUCUCAGAUGAAGAUGGCUGGUGCCAUGUCUACCACAGCGAAGACUAUGCAGACUGUCAAUAAAAGAUUGGACCCCAAGAAGACGAUAGAGACGAUGCAUGACUUCCAGAAAGAGAACUUAAAAAUAGAAAUGACGGAGGACAUGAUCAACAAUACGCUGGAUGAGAUUUUUGAUGAAUCGGGCGAUGAGGAAGAAUGCCAGGACAUCAUGAACCAGGUGCUGGAUGAGAUCGGCAUAGAGAUCUCAGGAAAGAUGGUAAGAGCCCCCUCAGCAGGAAAGAUCCUCCCUGGUGCCUCCCCAGCAAAGUCUAAAGCGGCCACUAUCUCAGACGCCGAGAUUGAGAGACAGCUGAAGGCUCUGGGAAUGGACUAAAUCUCUUCGCUCUCCACACAUGUGCACCCGUUGCCACCAAAGGACUGAGUUCAUAGAGGGAAUAGGGAUUGUCCAAGUAAUAAAUGAAGGAAAAAUGUCAAUAAACAUACUCUUACUGGAGUAUCGCAGGGAGUUGCUGGAGGAGAGUCAGUGGUCAGAUACAGCAGAUGAUGGUUUUGAUGUUCUGAUAAACUGUUGUCUAAAUCUGCUGCACAUAUUGUAGGGUAUAAGAGUGAAGGAUGUCAUUUUUGCACAACUAGUGGCUCUAAAUGAAAUUGCAAUCUGUUUGUUUGAGCAGCAUGAUUGGGUGGGAUAUAACAUCAGCUCAACCAAUAGUGUGAGCUUGGGGCGGGGCUAUCUGUUUGGGUGACCAGUGGCAAAAGGUGGGGGUGGCGGGUGAUUGAAAAGUCUAAGGCUGCAUCCAAAAUCACAUACUUCCCUACUAUAUAGUGUGUGAAAAGAGUAGUGUGUCCGAAUUAACAGUAGUCAUAAAACAGUAGGUGAAAAGUCACCGGGUGACCUGCUACUUUCGGGCGAGAUUGUGAAGUGCACAUCUGAUGAACACUUUACUAUCCCGUGAGGCCACAGGACAGGAUUUGUGAAUAGUAGAGAAGUGACACAUCUGACUUGUAGGUCACAUGAAAGUGAUAACAUGUCGAAUGUAGUACAUCCAGAUUACAUUCAUACUAUUUAGAACAUGCUUUUCGCAAACUGAUUACUGUAUUUAAAAGAGGUACCUACUGUAUGUACCUGAGUAUGUGAUUUGAUGCUGCUAGUGUGCAGAAAUUACACCCUUUACUUUUAACUUUAAAGGGUGCUAUUACUGUGACAAUGAAUUGUCCUUUAAAUCCUUUAAACUGGGAAUCCCAUGUAUUAUAGGGCUAAUCAUCUCAAACAUCAUGUUAGUCAAAAGAUGCUCAUUAUGUGUAUUUUUAAAGUCUUUUUAGGUUAUGCAUUACUUAAGGAAGUAAGUUACGGAAAACAGUUUUCCUUUGCAGUGAGGUUUGGUAUAAACUCUUGCAUAGUACAUACAAAAAAUGAUCUUGCAUGAGAAUCUUUGUUGAUAUGAUAAUGUGAUGAAGUCUUUACUUAUCAACCUUGAAACAAUGCAACCAUUGAGACCCUUUAACUGCUUGGUAAUACUAAACUAAACAAACUGUAGUUUCACAAUGGUCACAAUGGUACAACUUGAAUAAUGUGCAACAUAUGUACCAUCAUACCAUGUCAAUGCUGUGAAAAUAAUAACA